UCCGCUGUCCCAUGGUGCAACGCGGGGGCGGCGGCGAACAGCGACGGCGGUGGCGGCCGCCAUGUUGUGGUAGUUUGUUGUUCUCCUGCGGUGGGUGCGAGCGGAGGGGCGGCGGAAGGGGGAGCCGCCGGGCGCCGAAUCCGAGCCCUGCCCCGUCCCCCAGCUCCCCGCCGCUCCUCGGGGCGGCACGGGGUAGCUGCCGGGAGCCGCCGCCGCCUGGGCGAGGAGAAGAGCCAUGGCUGCUGCCCUGGGAGGAGGCGCAGAUGACGACUUUGAUCAGUUUGAUAAGCCUGGUGCAGAAAGGUCUUGGAGAAGAAGAGCUGGAGAUGACGACUGGGACAGUGAACUUGAUGAUGACUUGCUUGGAGAGGAUUUGCUAACUGGCAAAAAGAAUCAGUCAGACUUGUCAGAUGAAGAGCUGAAUGAUGAUCUUCUGCAAAGUGACAAUGAAGAGGAACAAGAAUUUCGUUCUCAAGGUGUCACAGUUAGCCUCAAUGCUACAUCUGGCAUACUUACAUCAUAUGAACUCUCUGAGACCAUCAACGAUCCAUCAAUAGAACAUGAGUCUGAGUAUGACCAAGGGGAAGAUGAAAUUGUUUAUGACAGAUCUGAGGCACCUGAAGUAUAUGCCUCAGAGUAUGCAGAGGAAGGACACUAUGAAGGCAAUGAUCCUGAACUGACAGAAGACCAAAUAGAAUAUGGGGAAGAGCCUGGAGAAGAUGAUGAAGUGCUAGACCUUGAAAUCAAUGAACCCCUAGAUGAAUUUCCUGAUGAAGAUUACAUGCAAUCAUAUAAUGAGCAAGGAAUGGAUGAACAAGAAUAUACAGCUGAGGAGGAGCUGGAAGAAUCCCAGACAAUAACAAAUGAAUCGGAAGAGGCAGCUAUUGAAUCUCUGGAACUUCAAGAAGAAACAAAAGAAGAAUCUGAUGAAGAGGAGGAUGAUGACGAAGAGUCUGGACGAUUACGUUUCAAAACUGAACGGAAAGAAGGAACGAUAAUUAGGCUCUCAGAUGUGACAAGAGAAAGGAGAAACAUUCCAGAAACUUUGGAACUUUCUGCAGAAGCCAAAGCAGCACUACUUGAAUUUGAAGAGAGGGAAAGGCAGCUUAAACAGGGACGGUAUGGCUCAAGGAGAGGAGGGCGAAGAGGAGGCUCGGUUAUGUGCCACGGAAUGGGAGAACAAAGGAGAGACAAUGAUAGGGGAAGAAUGAAGGAUCACAGGCCUGCCCUGCUGCCAAACCAGCCAUCGACAAUGACUCAUUCACAGAGGUUAAUUCCAACACACCAGCAACCUGUUAGGAGUCUGUUCCAGCAGCACCAACAGCAGCAGCAGCAACAACAGCAACAGCAACAACAGCAGCAGCAACAACAGCAGCAGCAGCAGCAACAGUUACAAUCUCUGCUUCCUUUACAGCAUCAGCAUCAUUCUUCUCCUCCUCCAGGGCUACAUAUGCCCCCUCAGAUAGAAACGCCUAGAAUAAUGAUGACUCCACCUCCAGUGACACCUCAGCAACCGAAGAACAUACACAUAAAUCCGCAUUUCAAGGGGACAGUAGUAACGCCUGUACAAGUGCCCUUGCUGCCAGUUCCAGCCCAGCCAAGACCUGCUGUAGGACCCCAGAGAUUUCCUGGCCCUCCAGACUUCCAGCAGCAUACGCCUGGACCAGUUCCUACCAACUUCUCCCAAGCCCCAAGGCUGCCAAUCCAGGACCAGUGGAGAGGGCCGCCGCCACCACCACCACCACUCCCUCCUCCGCCUCCUCAGGAAAGAGAUCCUUUCUUCAUAGCAGAUCCAAGGUUUCCAAGCCAUCACUUGUUUGAGCAGCGGAGCCCCCCACCACCGCCACCUCCACCACUUCUCAACAGCGCACACCCUGUCCCUACCCAAAAUCCGAUGCCAUUCAGCCAGCCUGGGCCAGCGUUUAAUCAGCAGGGACAGCAACCGGUGUUUCCCAGAGAGCGGCCAGUACGGCCCAACAUGCAGCCUCAAGGUCCUGUGGGGAUUCUCCACUUCAACCAGCCAGGUUCAGCAAAUCCGCGGCCGUUCAUCCCUCCGAGGCAGCAGUUCCUGCAGGCUCCGGGACAGCCCUUCCUUGCCGCGCACACGCAGCCCAGCAUGCAGGUACAGGGUCCCUUGCAUCCUCCAUUACAGCCUCAGCCACAACCUCAGCCGCAGCAGCACCAUCACCAGCAGCAGCAACACCAUCACCAGCAGCAGCAGCAGCAACAUCAUCAUCAUCUCCAAGGGCCACCACAGCCCUUGAUGCCCAUGAACCAGCCACAGUUCAGGCCCCAUAUGCAGGCCACGCAGCAGCAGCCAAAUAACAACAGGAUGCAGUGUCAGCCGCGACAGGGUCCAAUGAAGCCAAGACAUAACACCCCAUCACAGAAUAUUGUCAAGCGUCCAAAUCAGCAGCUCCAGUCAACUGCUCCAAGAAAUAGUAACUUGCGUGAAUUGCCGAUAGCACCGUCACAUGCUAUGGAAAUGAGCAACAACAGGCGACCCUCUACCCCGGCUGCUCAGGUCAAACCCAUUACCAGCACGAUGUCUGCCACCAAGUCUGUACCUGGCAUUGGAAACUCACAGGGAAGGCCUGAGAUGAAAGCUAAAGCAAUCACACCAGUGUGCCAAGCAAAACCAGAAGUAAAAUCUGAAACAGAGUAUCCAGAUGAAGAUGAAGAAACUAGAUUGUAUCGUUUGAAGAUAGAAGAGCAGAAGCGUCUAAGAGAAGAAAUUCUGAAACAAAAGGAGCUGAGACGGCAGCAGCAGGCUGGUGCUAGAAAGAGAGAAUUGCUGGAAAGACUUGCGCAGCAGCAGCAGCAGCAGCAGCAACCUUCUACGCAGCAGUCCUACAUGCAGCAGGAGGACGACUCCUCCGAGUUCCCCACCAAUGGCAGCCCUUACAUACCCCACUCUGGCUUACAGACCAGGCAAAAUGUGAAAAACAGACUCCUUGUUAAAAAGCAAGAUAUGGUAGUUCCAAAUAUCCAACCCAAACCCACAGAUUUCCCACAGGUCGGCGCAAAUAUGCAGUAUCAAGGACAGCAGUUGAAGCCGGUGAAGCAGCUGAGGCAGACAAGGACAGUACCUCCGAGUCAGCCUCAGGCGCCGCAGAAAGUGUUACAGACAAAACCUGCUGCAGCGUCGCUGCCCGUGACACAGACUGCUCGAGUAGCUUCAGCACAAGCAAGGCCCCAGGAACUGAAACCUGGCGUGAAAAGGACUGUCAUGCAGCGGACAAACAGUGGUAGUGGAGAUGGGCCCCAUGUCGGCAGCAAAGUCAGGGUGAUUAAGUUGUCAGGAGGGCAGGGGGGAGAGGAUGCUGGCUUUUUUCACCCAGAGGGCCAGCCCCAGCGGCCUCAACAACCCCCGGAGCCGAAACAGCAGCCAGUGCGGAAGGUCACAUUGACAAAGGGAAUGCAACAGCAGCAGCACCAACAGCAGCAGCAGGCACAGAUCCAUUCACCAGCUCCUCAAGGAGUCAAAAACAUCCAGGGAAUCCAUCAACCCAAAAAGGUCAUUAUGCACGGGAGAGGCAGAGGAGUAGCAGGCCAGAUGGGCCGAGGACGCUUGAUGCCAAAUAAACAGAACCUGCGAGUGGUGGAGUGCAAACCUCAGCCCUGUAUCGUGUCAGUUGAAGGGCUUUCUUCAUCAACUACUGAUGUCCAACUGAAAAACCUGCUGAUGUCAGUGGGACCCAUUCAGAGUUUACAGAUGCUUCCUCAACAACGGAAAGCCAUAGCAAAAUUUAAGGAGCCAGCACAUGCUUUAGCGUUUCAACAGAAAUUCCACAGGCACAUGAUAGAUCUGUCCCACAUCAAUGUGGCACUGAUAGUUGAGUGAUGUCUGCUGAGAGAAACCCUGACACUAACAGAAGCGUACUGUGGAGCUACACAAGAUGCAGUGGCAAAACCAUCGGUCUGUGAAACCUUUCAGCUUAGUCUUUAAUUGCUGUGUUGAGCUACAGAAAGCAGCAAGAUGUCCUCCAGAAGAGCUGAACUUGAGAGGAUCUGCAAAGGUGGAAUUUCUGUUCAGUUUGUUCACGUUCUCUUGCAACCACGUGGAACUACAGAUUUUUUUCAAAAUGCUUUCAAUGCAUGUAGACACUGUUCUUCAGGAUCCUACUGUGUGACCGCAGUGACUUGAGAGAGAACGUUUACAUCGAAAGAUUUAAAAACUUUCUUCAUAGCAAAGAAUAUUUGAUAAUGGUUGCUCUUAUCUUCAGUGCGAGGUAUUGGAAUGAAAACUCACUUUUCUAAACAAAACACGUUAGUUACAUUGUAUAUCUGGGAGCACAGAAGGUAUUCUUGCAUAGAUUUAAAUGUGGUCUACUUCACGGAAUAGCAGUACGCUGAGAAGCUUUGGAGGUGACACUGGAAAAUUGUAGUUUCAAUCUUUGUAAAUAAGUGAAGUCUGUCUUUGCAUAUUUUUUUUUAUUCCAACAUUAGACUUCCAUCUUCUCCUUCCAGCUCCACUUAUUUCAUAAAACCCGGGGUAGGAAUAACAUCGCUGUAUUUUCCCUUGGUUUUUAAAAACAAGGAUCUUUGCCCUUCAGUAGCAUCGUGGGUAGUGAACUCUGAGUUGUAACUAGGUUGUUUUAAAUGAUGUUGCCAGAUACAAGGAAAAAGAAAUAUUUGGUGGCUCACUUCAGAAAUGUUACACAGGAAGAGUGGCACAUUCCUAACAGUUCUCUUGGGGUAGCGUUUCAUGAUUGCCUUAUGCUUUAUUUUGAUUAGUUUUUUUCUUUGAGAUUUAUUUUGUGACUAAUGCUGAACCAUAAGAAACCCGUAACCAAAAGGACUUGGUUUGUGUUGUUCCCGAUAAAUACAGGACUGUAAGGACAUUGUGAAUCUGCUGGUGAAUGUGGCAGUUCCGAAAAAUUACCUGCAAACCUUAAGGAGCUUAUAUUUCAUUAAAGUAAAUUCCGUAAUAUUUCCUUUUGGUUAGAACCAUCUAGAUGGUGUUGCCAAAGGAACAAUUUUUUUCAGUUACUUCUGAAUAAACUUAUUAAAAUGUCAUCUUUAUAUUGGAUUCCAGUUUUUAUGAACAUUUCCUUAAUUUUUAGACUGUGAGCUUUUGCUUCACCACUUCUUUCAGGAGUACUCUUAAGCACUCCACCUACGUUUGAAUGGGGGGACUUACAGAAACCUUAUAGGUUUGUUGCCUGAGUGACCGCAGAAGAACACUAUUGGUAUGUAAUGCAGCAGCUGUGAAUGGGGUCCAAAAUAGGCAUGCCAAGCGUGGAAGGAUGAACUAAGCAAGCUUAUAGUAGCAUAGAUGUGUGGUUUUUUGGGUUGGUUUUUGGUUUUGGGGGGUUUUUUGGAAGAUUUAGUGGUAACCAAGUCACAAAGACCUAAUUGGCUUUCUUACAGUUUUGGUCCAGAUUUUCAAUUAAGUAGAAGUUAUUAUAAAUAAUGAUUGAAUAAUAAAUAGUGUCAAAAGUUUUCUAGAUAAAACAGCUCUUUGUUCAUUGAAAUAGUAGACAAUAAUGUGGUACUUUGGAAAUAUUGCACUGGGGGAGAAGCAAUUUAAAGAAUACUCUAAGCCCAUUUACAGCUUAGUGAUGAGACGCAGUAACAUCAUGAGAAUUUUUGCGUGGAAGUGAGUUUUACACCCGUCUGUGUAGUUCCCCAUUUAUGCAUUUUGCUUAAUAACAUCCAGCACAAUUGCUGUACAUAAAGUGCGGUUAGUGCUUCAGGUAGACCCAAGCCCAGGACAGAGGAUGAGCCGCAGGUAGGAAGUGCCCAGUGGGAGCCAACCCUGAAGACUCGCGCGAGCUGAUCGCGGUGACUGGCUCUGCCACGUGCUGGUUAACCCCUCACACCGUGAGCAGCGGGACCCCUAUGCUGCCUCCUCAGGUUAUGGCAUUUUUAUUUUUAAGAAAGAAAUGCUUAUCUUUAAAACAAGUCAUUAAACAGUUAUUUACCCCACUGUUAGGGAGCAGCUCCUCUGUAACGAGAAGGAUGGGAAGGCAUCUCGGAGUGGAGCGAUAAUAGUGCGUGUCUGGAAAUCUGGGUUAGAUGCAAAUGCCAGACAGGCCAGCAGCUGAGUUCAGCAGUAGGAACAUCUGCAGUUGAUCAGCUGUCCUGUCAGAAGCAAACAUUAUUGGGGUUAGAGGGUUUCUUGGAGCCUAAGAAUAUGGGUUUGAUUCAAAAGUCAAAGAAGUUUGUAGAAAUGCUCCUGCUUUGGGUUUUGAAUCCAUCCCAAAGAGGCUGAGGUUCGGCCAACUUAAGUUUUAACAAUUUUUAUUUAAAAAAAACUUUUUUUGAGACAAAUGUGUGGCUUUGGAAUAAAGACAUGAAAUCGCCUCAGAUCUAUUUAAAUGUAGGAGGCAACGUAAGCAAUGCCUGUUUAAUGACUAGAUGCAUCCUCUUUAAAAGCGGUUGCAGUAGACUAUUGCUUGUGCAUAGACAGAGUACGGGCGGAUCGCUGAUGGUGAUUUUAGCUGCUUAUUGCAGUACCUGGCUAUCACUGUGUGUAAACUUACUAUAUGUAUGUAUGUCUAUAUGCAUUUUAUUAUAGACAUACAUACAUAAUCACACCCUGUGUUGUCACCAUCUCUCUCUAAUAUCGUAAAAAACUCAGUAGCAAAAGUAGCAAUUAGGUGAGUCAUUUCCUAAAAUGUUUGUGUUUUGUAAGUUCUCAAAUCCUAACUUAAAAGUGGAUCUCAUGGCAAUUACCAGUUUGGACGAUACAGCUCUUUUAGAUCCGUUUGUUGUCUCCUCCCCAAAAAACCUAAAGGAAUUAGAGGUAAAGCUAGGCGGUCGUGUCCUUGCCAUGUUCUCUUUCAGCACGUAGUUAAAUCUGAGCAUCAAGUUAAUUUUCUUGGAAGAUCUGUUGCAACCAUUAUCUUGUUCUUUCUUUGUCAUGCAUUCAAAAUACGAAGCAAAAUGCGAGAGAAAAAAAAAGCAUUUAAUGUAGUAUGUAAAUAUUGACCUUUUAAAAUUAAAAUGUUAUUCAAAGUGCUUUACAGUCAACCACAUCUUAGCUAUUUGUUAGUUUUUUUGUGUUGUCUUAUCUAAGUUUAAUGGAUACAGUUCCAUAAAUGUUGAUGUGUUUUUGUGUAUAUCUUCAAAUUUUUAUAAAGAUGCUAGUAAGUCAAUACAUAUAUCCUGAUCUGUGUAUUAUUUGUUCACAGUUUUUAUUAGCGUAAUUUUAUAAUGAUUUUCAUAGGAAACUCCAGUAGGUGAUUAUAUGGAGCCAACUUUUUUUUUUCAAAUUAGUUUGUUUUCAUCUGAUGAAUUCACUUUAUAACAAAUCAUAUUUUGCCUUGACUAAAAGAUUGGAUUGGCCAUAUGAUCUGUCAUAUUUUAGUAGAAUGUUCUACUUUUUUUAAUUUAAAAAAAUAAAUCUUUGUCCUUUAA